AAGCCUCCCUCUGUAGAUUCUCAGCCCAUGCUGCUCUGUGGCACCCUCCAUCUAUCAGACAAUGGUACAGCCUGGAGUGAGGUGUGGGCAGCCAUUCCUGAGUCACAUCCCCAGGUGCUACAACUGCUGGCCGGCAGUCAGGCUGGCAGAGUGCUGCACACCAUCCCUCUCUCUGGCUGUCAUGUAAUGGUGCCAGACGGCGAGACGAGGCAGGAAGCAGGGAGCUACCAGCAUGUGUGGAAGAUACAUCAGGGUCCACAGACCUGGUGGCUGAGCGCCUCCUCCACAAAGCUGCGGCAGUGCUGGCUGGAAGCUCUGAGCAAUGCUGCGUGUGGGGACAUGGGUGGGGACAGACCGGAUGCCUCACAGCCCCAGGCUGCAGCAAUCGCUGACACUCCAUGAGCCUCCAACUGUCCUUCACGCUAUUGUGUUUGGCCUGUGUUCUUUUAUGGGUGACCUUAGAAGUCACACGAAGGGAUGAGGACUCCUGUGAGCACUGAGGAUGGACUGAUGGCCCAGAGAAGAGUAGCUACGGGUCCAAGAUCACUCAGCAAGUCUUAGACAAGAGUUGGGCUCCUAGCUCUAGCCCCAGCGUUGUGAUCAGAGCCGGGAAGAAUGUCCCCUACAAAGCAAAUGUCAUCUGAGCUGGUUGAGUGAUGGUACCAGCUCUCAAAGGCACAAGGAGGCUGGAUGGGCUCUGCCCAAGAGCCAUCAUGUCCAACCUGGUGUGACGUCACUCUUGGAAAGGCAGAGCUGUCUGUGGCCUGACCUGGCCUUUGUCCAUCUAUGCACUGUGUGACCUGCUCCUCUGGGCUUCACUUCCACACUCUGCCCUCUCGUGAAACACUGCUUGUCUACUAUUCCUGCUGAGGCCUCGAAGGGCAAGGAGCAAGGGACUUCUUAUCCCACCAUUCCCAAACAGCCACACUCAGAGACUGCGGGGAAGCCAGCCCUAAACCACGUGUGGCAGGUUUGUGAGGUUCCAGACCGGCCCCUCUGUGAGCAGGUGCCAUGCUUGUCGGCAUAAAUGAGUUCUGGCUGUCACAAGUGGCACAGCCUCGGCACCUUCAACCCCACCUUUCCAGGGUUCCCCUCAAGGCAAGUGCUAGUAGAAGAAUGUGUACAAAGGUGACAAAAUGGCAUGGACCAAACAUUUGUGAUACAGAGCAGUUCUGCAACCCUGAUGCUGGAGGGUGAGCAGCUAAGCCGUAUAACAAGGGUAGGGGUGCUGGCACUCAAUAUGUGAGGACGUGACAAAGGUCACAGGGCUCAGGAUGCUGUUUGCCUCUUGGGGAGUAGGAAAUGUAGGCCAGUGAUGGUCCUUCAGGAUUCCAACCCUGUAGCAUCAGCACGGCACUGUGUGGGGACAACCGGGCAAGCAUAAGAGACAACCACCGGGUGGGGUGGGGUGUAGAGCCAGAAAUGGGUGCUGGUUAUAGGUGACACUGGGAAGUACAGAUGAGACGGGGCCUCAAGUGCGAUGGGGACCGGGGUUGGGGGACCCAGGUAAGGUAGGGUGGGGAAGAAGUCAAGUGGGUUGGAGCAGAAGUGAGGUGGAAGGGGCAGAGGUGAGAUGCAUGGGGCAGGGGUGCAUGGACAGGGUACAAGCAAGGUGAAACAAGGUGGGCAGGGUGCCCGUGAGGUGUCAGGGCACAGCUGAGUCCACGCUAGAGACCCCUGGACUGCUUAUGAGCUGCCUUGGGAUUGCUUGCAAACACUUGCAAAAACGCUCCGAUGUACACUCACCGUCUAGGUGAGCAAAACAGGCAGAGCACCUCCACACUGGGAGGAACACAUUAGGAACCACAGCGAAGUCCUCACCCACCAAGUUCCAGAUGGGGCAGUGCUGAAGGUGGCCCAGGUGGAACAAGGAGCAGAGGAGGUGCUUUCCUUGACUCGGCACACUGCAUGGCGGACACGGCGGGACCGGCGCCAGCCUUCAGCCUCUGGCCACACUGUUUCUUCCUCCUGCUCAUAGAGGUGCUGGCCCUUGCAGUUCAAGGAUUCCAAGUGUGGAUCCUCUGAAGAAUCAGAGCCUGGGGAGGACGCAUCCUGCCUCCGGGAUGCGGACUAGUCAGCCUGAAGUGGGGGGGGCUCCUGGUGUUACCUAAGCAGAAAGGGGUGUAAGUUACCUUUCUUGUUGCUGUAACAAAAUGUUAGACAAAAGCACCUCACAGAAGAAAGGGUUUACUUGGCUCACAGUUUGAGGGUACGGUCUGUCAUGGUGAACACGUGGCCGCACGAGUGCUGGCUGUAUUCUUUCCGUGGUCAGGAAGCAGAGGGAUGGAUGGCUGCUUUCUCCUUUUCAUUCAUUCCAGGAUCCUAAGCGGUGGAACGCUGCUGUUCACAUUUAGGCUGUGUUUUCUCUUCUCAAUUAAACCUUUCUGGAAACACCCUAAUGACAUGGCCAGAAUUUUGUCUUCUUGGUGAUGGUGAAUCCCACCAGGCUGACAAUACCAUCUCAAGUCCACCCCUUGUCAAUUUGACACUCAAACACAUCACUUUUAAAGCGUAACAUUCUGACCUUGGAAAGCCUCAUGUUCAUUUCAUAAAGCAAUAUGCAUUUAGCCUGUCUUCUAGAACUUGCAAACUCUUCACGGUUCUAAUUAACGCGCCUCCCACCCUCCCAAGGGGUAAGUGCAGAGACUCUGCUGAGUCUCGGGCAAUCUAACUGUGAGCUCCUGUGAAAUUAAAAAACAAAUAAACAAAGUAAACCACAAGCUA